AUGAUACAUGAUGAGUUAAGCACCUUGUCUAACUAUAAAACAAAAGACCUACCCUUACCUCCACCGCCCAUUUAUGCAAAUGAAGAUAGCGCAUCUUCUACUGAAACAUCCACCACUGAAACAACUUCUUCUUCUUGUGGAAAAGAAGAAAUUUCUUUGAGUGAAUAUAGAGAAAGGUUAUUACAACGACACAAGGUGUAUGAUCCAUUUACCAGACGUUCUGGAAGUUUAUCAACACGACAGAAUAUACAAUUAUUCCUACAUCUUAACCCAACUGACGAUAUCACAAAACCAACUACUUUAAAGAGAAUUGACCAGGAUGACGAUGCCACAAUUGAACAAAAUAAAACGCCCACAUUGCCAAAGUUUCAUAUACCUGCUGCUCAUAAAUCACCAUUUACUCCAGAAGGAUCGAAUGAAGCUUUACCAAGUCCCAAUAUAGAUAGUGCUGCUUCGCCACGAGACACUACAACCGCGGACCCUGAGGUACUAUUUCAAGGGACAGAAGAAAAAAAUGAGUACACGGACAACGUUUCAUUUCAGCAGUGUGUUAUCUCGCCACACCAACAGGAGUUUCUUAACCAGGUAAUUAGCAGAAAUUCACAACUUGAAGAGCCAUUUGAAUACGAUCCAUCUGAAAGUGAUAUCUUAUCUCCACCUCCUCCAAUUCUACUACAGGAACAGGAACAGCAACAGGAAGAAGAAGAAAAGCAGUCGCAACUACACAGCUCAAAUUCAAUCAAGCGCUCGUUGAAGAAAAUUUCUGGAAAACUAAAGAAAUCUACCAGUGCACCAAAUCUAAAAAAAUCCUCCUCCAUUCGUACAUUCAAGACUAGUGUAUUGCCAGAUUUACCAAAACAAGAUUAUUCCACAUACUCUAAUCAAUCUAAACUCGAAGAUCAGUUAUCAACGUUUACUGCUAGAUCAUCGACAACUUCAAGAACAAGUCCAGUCACAUCACCCCAAUACUCGUUUACACCGCCCCCUCCAUUGCCCCCUAAAUCACCACAAUAUUCAUAUACGAGUAAAUCUCAAAGUAUCAACACAGUAACAAAUACACCAACUAUUACUUCAUCUGAAUUCAUGGCAUCACCCGAUUCACCAUUCUGGAAAUACCACAUUUUGAAAUUUGGGAAGGAUCUCUACUUGACAACCAAUCCUGGAAUGAAACAUAUGUAUUGCAGAAAUGCGCCAGGAUAUUUCAUUGAAGUAAUUAGCAACGAUCCUAAUUUGUCAACACCAACUUCCACAUCUGGGUACACAUUGAUUUUCAAAGACUCAAGUAGAUUGAAAGAUAAUGCUGAUGUACCAUAUAUGAUGAUUAGCAAGAAGUCACAAGCAGAAGGUGGUUUCUUUACAUUUGGUGUACCAAGGGAGAACUUUUUGAAUCAGGGUACAAUUAUGAAAUUCAAAGAUGAGACUUCCUAUCAUGGUGUUUCUUAUAAGGAGUACAUAGAUAAGGAAUAUUUCCCUUAUGAUAAUCUUAGAGCAAAAUUCCCACAGUGCUUCAAGAACUUUGAGGUACGAGAUUUACAUGGUGUACCAUGGAAUAUAGGUUCAAUCCCCAGGGUGAAAGUCAGUAAAGUUAAUAAGCUACGAGAUAAAAUUUCUGGCUAUUACGAUCAUUCACACCAGGGACAUCAUGAAGAUGAGUUAAAAUUCAUUGGGAAAAGAAAUAUUUAUUUCCAUCAGAAUUUUAUACCCCAAGAUUGCCAAGCAGUGAAGUAUAAGGAAUAUGAACCAAAAUAUGUAUAUGGUCAUGAUUAUGGUAAGAGCUUCCCUCCAGUUUUGGCAAUGUUUAGACCAUAUGAGAAUAACAUGAGAAAAAGAAUGAUUCAGAGAAUGAAAAACCACAGUGAUAUUCAUGGAGCAUACCUUGAUGGUGUGCAAGAUGACUAUGGUACCGAUACCGAUAAAUUUUACCAGGGAAGUGAUGGAUUGUAUUAUGUUAAAAACACAAGUGAUGAUUUACCUGAUGAAAAUAAGUUAGGAUGGAUAACGAUUUACGAAGACAAUGAAACUUUUGGUGGAAUCAGCAAUAGAGGAAUGUUCGAUCUUGUCAUUGGAAUGACUUUAGCUGUUGGAUAUGAUAGUUGUUUGACUGAUUAA